AUGCCAAAUGAACCAUCUCUUCUACCACCAUUUUUCGAGUUAAUUCGUGGAAGUCCUGCCGAAGUUGUUGGGCAUUUGAUGGGUAGCCUUGAUCGAAUUCUUCCCUCACUUUACAAAUGUGUUUCUGAGCAAAAUAAUUGUCAAAUUAGCAGAUUGCAGUUGGAUCAUAUUGUCAUAGGAUGUAAUCGAUUAAUACGUAGAACAAGUUCUUGGAGGGCGCAAUAUUCCUAUCUACAAAAUAUCGCUGUACUGCGACAUUUGAUCCCUGUUAAGGAUCUCUUUAUCUCCUUUGUUCCAAUGCUUAAGCAAGAAGUUCUAACGACGCGUGCAAUUCCAUGUCGUGUUGCUGCUUCGAUUACACUUCUCUUAUUCAUGCGAGAAAAUCCAAAUGAAAUUGAUCGCCAAUCUAUCAUUGAUUUUUUUAUUCACUCAGUCGCAAAUCAUCAGAAUUGUCAUCGACGUCGAUUAUUUUUGGAUAUGAUCCCAGAAAUUAUCGUCAAUUUUAGCCGCAAAUUUUUUCACGCGCACUUUUUGACUCCAAUUUUGGAGAUGGCAAACGACAAAGUGGCAAGUAUUAGAUUGCAAUUGUGUCAUAUGCUUUCAAAAAUAAAAGCAAAUUUGUAUUUGCCCCAGGAUGAGGAAAUAUUGCUACGUGUAGAAGGAAUUAUUCGUGAUUUGCUUUCCAAAGAGCAAAAUUCAUCAACGCGACAAUUAAUUCAAACGUAUGCAUGUGAAUUAUCUCGAGCUGAAACCCGAAACAAGAAUGAUAAAUCGGAUGAAUUGAAACAAAAAGCGGAGAAUGAGAUUUGGAAUCAGAAGGAAUUAACUGUCGAAGGAACAGACAGUAAUGCUUCAGAGAAAUGCCUGAGAAGUGAAAAAGAAUUAAGUAUGUUAUUUGACAAAAACGAUGGUCACUUAGAUAAGGGUCCUUGGCGUACACAUAUACAACGUUCCAAAACGGCUAUUGUACGACCACAACCGCAAGUUGUUGUCACACAGCGUAGUCCAAGUCCAAUGCCACGUAACUUUAGGACUACUGUGGAAGAACGAAAAUCACGACUUCCAUUAGCUACCACACAAAACAACAGAUAUUUAGAUACAAAACAUAAAACAACAACAACAACAGCAUCACCAGCGACAUCUUCAGUCAGCAGGACCUUACCAUUAACAAGUCGCAGAGGUAGCACUCAGACGACAACCAAAUCUUCUCUUUCAACAGGUCGCAGAAGUUCAACAACUUCAGCUGGAAAACCUCCAACUGGUUUAAGUGCUGAUAACACAAAUGCACGUCGCUCCUCAGCAACUACCGUGAUGUCGCGUUCGGUGUCAUCUUUAAAUGGAAAAGUUGGAUUAAUGCCAUCACAAUCCACCGACUCAGUCACAUUAUUUGGCCAAGGACUUAUGAAAGUUCGCAGUUUUUCAAAUAUAGCCAGGACACCAAGUCAUCUGACAAAUAUGGCGCAUGCUGAAGCGUACGGUCCAAAUCUGCCAACAUUUGCAGAUUUGAAGAACCAUCUGCGCAAGGAGCCGCUUUACUUCCAGGUAUUGGAAGGAUACCUGCAAAAUACGGCCAAACUGAUUGAGGAUUUGAGGGAGAAGUUGGACAAUGAAACGAAUGAAGUUUCAACGGCAGACUUGAGAAUCCGCCCAAGUCCUCCGCCAUCUCGGGAACAGAUAGAAACGUUCCAUCAAUCCGGGGGAAUCCAGUGCGAUCUGGAGCGGGAAGCAGAAAAUGAGGACCAGAUCGCCCUCCACCUUCUCGAACAACAACAACAAGCUUUAGAGCAAGAGGAAGAACAGUGCCGGCCGGCACUGGUAGACGCUCAUGAGAGCUGUGAGGAGGUGGAGGAGAUGGCGGAGGAGAGGCAAGUACCGCACGAUUAG